CGGGUGGGUCUCAGGUCUCCGUCCCUGUGUCCGGGAGCCAUGGAGCCCUCUGCCGGUGACUUAGAGCUGGUGCCUGGAGCCACCAAGGGCGUCCUGGCUGCUGAUGCCGUGUGCUGCCGGGCGGCCCUCUCCACCGUCGUGGCCACCAGCAUCGUCCUCGUCACCCUGGGAGUCCUUGUGGCCUCCCUCUCUACACAGGGCGUCGACGUAGAGCACACAGCCGAGCUGCGUGGGAUCCGGUUUGCCCCCAGCUUGCAGCAGGAGACCUCAGAGUACUACCGCACCCUGACGCCCACUCUGGAAAUGCUGUUUGUCAGCAGCUUUCAAGAGACAGAGUUGGAGUCCAGCUGCGUGGGCUGCACGGUGCUGAGUUACUGGGAGGGCAACGCCAGCGUCCUGGUGCAUUUCCGGCUGCACUUUCUGCUGCUGGCCCUGUGGACACCGAGCCCAGGCCUGGAGGAGCAGCUAUUGCAGCAGGGACUUCAUGCGAGGCUGCAGGGCCUCGGCAUCCCCCUGGCCCCCUAUGGCACCAUUGUGUCUGCCCAGCUCACAGGAAGCCAAAAGGGGCUGCUGACAGAAAGAGACUUAAAAUCAGGUCGCUGUCCAGGGACUGCCUUUUCCUGCGGGAACAGCCAGUGUGUGACCAAGCUGAACCCAGAGUGUGAUGACACAGCAGACUGCUCCGACGGCUCCGACGAGGCCCACUGUGACUGUGGCUUGCAGCCUGGCUGGAAGACAGCUGGCAGGAUUGUGGGUGGUGUGGAAGCGUCCCCAGGGGAGUUCCCUUGGCAAGUCAGCCUCCGUGAAAACAACGAACACUUCUGUGGGGCUGCCAUCAUCAGCGCCAGGUGGCUGGUGUCUGCUGCCCACUGCUUCAACGAAUUCCAGGACUCCCCGGAGUGGGUGGCUUACGUGGGCACCACCUACCUCAGCGGCUCAGAGGCCAGCACGGUGCGGGCCCGCGUGACCCGGAUCAUCACACACCCAUCCUACAACUCGGACACAGCUGACUUCGACGUGGCGGUGCUGGAGCUGGGCGGACCCCUGCCCUUCAGCCGGCACGUGCAGCCCGUGUGCCUGCCGGCCGCCUCGCACGUCUUCCCACCGAGGAAGAAGUGCCUCAUCUCAGGCUGGGGCUACCUCAAGGAGGACUUCCUGGUCAAGCCAGAAAUGCUGCAGAAGGCCACUGUGGAGCUGUUGGACCAGGCCCUGUGCACUAGCCUCUACGGCCACUCACUCACCGACAGGAUGGUGUGUGCUGGCUACCUGGAUGGGAAGGUGGAUUCCUGCCAGGGUGACUCAGGGGGCCCCCUGGUCUGCGAGGAGCCCUCUGGUAGGUUCUUCCUGGCCGGCAUCGUGAGCUGGGGAAUCGGCUGUGCAGAAGCCCGGCGUCCAGGGGUCUAUGCCCGAGUGACCAGUCUGCGGGACUGGAUCCUGGAGACCAUCGCCGCUGCAAGCAAGCCUCCAGCCCCCACGGUGGCUCUCGUCUCCACCACUCUCAGCACUGCCUGGCCCACCAGCCCCAAGAGCCUGGUGACUGACACCCUCACCAAACCCACACUGGCCACCAGCAGUGUGCCUCUCAACUUGGCCACCACUUCUAAGCCACAAGAGUGUGGGGCCAGGCCAGCGUUGGAGAAGCCCACCCGGAUUGUGGGAGGGCUUGGGGCCGCCUUGGGGGAGGUGCCCUGGCAGGUCAGCCUGAAGGAGGGCUCGCGGCACUUCUGCGGAGCCACCGUGGUGGGGGACCGCUGGCUGCUGUCUGCUGCCCACUGCUUCAACCACACGAAGCUGGAGCUGGUGUGGGCCCAGCUGGGCACCGCGUCCCUGUCGGGUGUUGGCGGGAGCCCCGUGAAGGUGGGGCUCAGGCGGGUGGUGCUGCACCCCCAGUACAACCCCAGCAUCCUGGACUUCGACGUGGCCGUGCUGGAGCUGGCCAAGCCUUUGGUCUUCAACAAGUACGUGCAGCCCGUCUGCCUGCCGCUGGCCAUCCAGAAGUUCCCUGUGGGCCGCAAGUGUGUGAUCUCCGGGUGGGGCAACACGCAGGAGGGCAACGCCACCAAGCCUGACCUCCUGCAGCGGGCGUCCGUGGGCAUCAUCGACCACAAGGCGUGUAGCGCCCUCUACAACUUCUCGCUCACGGACAGGAUGAUCUGCGCCGGCUUCCUGGAGGGCAAGGUGGAUUCCUGCCAGGGUGACUCCGGGGGACCCCUGGCCUGUGAGGAGACACCCGGUGUGUUUUAUCUGGCUGGGAUCGUGAGCUGGGGCAUUGGCUGUGCACAGGUCAAGAAGCCAGGAGUGUACACCCGCAUCACCCAGCUCAAAGGCUGGAUCCUGGCCACCAUGUCCUCCCACUCACUCCCCAUGGCCCCGCUGCCCGCCACGACGCCCACCAGCAGACAUACCACCAGGACGACGACAGGCCUCACGGUCCCGGGAGUCAUGGCCAGCACACCCACUCCCCGGGCCACCAGCAGGGUGACCAGUCAACCUGCCGACAGGACCACCACUGCUAUAACCUCCACCCCAAGGGGGCAGACAGCACUGCCCCCGACUCCAAAGACCACGGUGGGCGCCCAGCUCCCAGACUGCGGUCUGGCGCCGGCUGCGGCGCUGACCCGGAUCGUGGGUGGCAGCGCUGCGGGCCGCGGGGAGUGGCCGUGGCAAGUGAGCCUGUGGCUGCGGCGGCGGGAGCACCGCUGCGGGGCUGUGCUGGUGGCCGAGAGGUGGCUGCUGUCAGCGGCGCACUGCUUCGACGUCUACGGGGACCCCAAGCAGUGGGCAGCCUUCCUGGGCACGCCGUUCCUGAGCGGCGCUGACGGGCAGCUGGAGCGCGUGGCGCGCAUCCACAAGCACCCCUUCUACAACCUCUACACACUCGACUACGACGUGGCACUGCUUGAGCUGGCGGGGCCAGUACGCCGCAGCCGCCUGGUGCGGCCCAUCUGCCUGCCCGAGCCGGCCCCGCGGCUCCCCGACGGCACACGCUGCGUCAUUACAGGCUGGGGCUCCGUGCGCGAAGGAGGCUCGAUGGCCAGGCAGCUGCAGAAGGCGGCCGUGCGGCUGCUCAGCGAGCAGACCUGCCGCCGCUUCUACCCGGUGCAGAUCAGCAGCCGCAUGCUGUGCGCUGGCUUCCCGCAGGGAGGCGUGGACAGCUGCUCGGGUGACGCCGGGGGACCCCUGGCCUGCAGGGAGCCCUCUGGCCGCUGGGUGCUAACUGGGGUCACCAGCUGGGGUUACGGCUGUGGGCGGCCCCAGUUCCCGGGCGUGUACACCCGGGUGGCUGCUGUCAGAGGCUGGAUCGGGCAGAACAUCCAGGAGUGACCACCACGUGGCUGCCCAGACCUGGACCAGAGAAGUGGAGGUGGUGGGUGGGGGGCUGUGGGUAAUAAGGGUGCAGCUGAGUUGCAUAUUUUGUUCCAAUAAACACAGCCCCUCGUCUGUAGCCUGCUGGCUCGGCACCUCCGUGUCACAGCAAUGACCAACUGCCCGCCCCUCACAUGGGGCCUAAAGGGGGAGGGAUGGGGGCACUUCAGGGAUAGGCCCACCCCCAGCCUCCGGGCAGCCUGUCUGCAGGCUCCCCUUUACAUGAACAACACUCCCUGUCACCUGGGAGCCCAGGGUCGCUUGGGAAAGAAGGGGAGGGGUGCUGACACCAGUCCCCACAGGGGCCCCAGCAGGGAAGACACACAGGGUCCCCCCACCCCACACCGACCCUCCCUCAGCGAUCUGUCUCCAGGAGGUCAGAGCAUAGAAGGAGCCUGGCCACAACCACAGGUCCAAACCCUGAUUCUAUGCUCAGGCGUGCGGCUGCCUGACCUGGGCGCGGCCAGAGCUGCUCUGGGUCUUUGCUCGCAACCCUCAGCCCCGACCCUGAGGAAGGUCCCUGCUCCCAACCCUGACUCCCCCACCUUCAGCAGGAGAGAACACAACCUGUAAGUUAAAGGGUCCUGAGAUAAGAAACGAAGCUACACCCACACAAAUGGCAACACAUGGCACCUCCACCAGACCGAGUUGCAAUGGACGCUCACUUUACAUCAGCACGUUAGAUGCCGCACCCACCGGAGGCCAGGACCAGAUAUUAGGGGUCAAAAAGGGCAACCAGGUUGGCCCCCCUCAAAAAAGCCCUGCCCUUCAGGGAGACUAGUACACAUGCCUCCCCAACGUCAGCCUCUCUCCCCCUCCCUUUAAAAUUAAAUCCCUUUGGCCAGGUGGGGGAGAAGUUUACGGUGAACUAAGCUCCUGAUCCCCCAUUCUCUGGUCACUGAAUAAAGCUCCUGCUGUGUCCAUCUCAGCUUCGGUCUCCUUAUUCACCUACUGGAACCUGAAGAGAAAGAACCUCCCCUGAAGCAGAGAGCUGUGGUCGGGAGACCAGGGUCCACACUAUUUAGUUUGGUUACAGACUGGCACACAUGUGGGGUCCACGCCCUCCUGUAACUAAGGGCUUACUCACUGACACAGGGUGGACAAGACCAGCUAAACAACCGGGUAGCUCUGAGCCCCUCUGGCCAGUGAGAGCUACUGAACUCAUCCUGAGACCUAAGAGCAGCCGAGGGUCAAGCAGAGCGCCCCCCAGGUGAAGAAUGUCCCCACCCCAGCACACCUACAGCAAGGCUGCUGCUCGUUGCAGAUCGGGGCCAUGUCCAGUGGGACUGGAAACUUCCAGUCGCUGACAUCAGAGGGGACCUUAUCACCUCAGCCCUCUCCCACAGCAUCUCUGCUCCCAGCCUCACGAGGACUGGGUCAGAUUUCAGGCAGAGCACCUAGACCACGUUGUGGAUGCCGGAUGUGGUGGGAGCAGCAUCACCAGCUAGCCAGCAAGGCCCCAGGGAGCUGGAGACAGACUAGAAGCAAGGGCUCCCGGGAGGCUGGGGAGGGGGAUUGUGUGUGCAUGUGUGUGUGACCAAGCUGCCAGACAAGCAGAAUGGCCACUGGGGGGCACCCUCCAUAGCUGGACAUCACCGCCACUAACACAGAACUCAUGACCUUUUGAAUUGUCACCUGGCCCCAGUAUAAACCGGCGGAGGGGGAGAGAUGCCCAGCCAUGCUCUCUAAAUCCUAACACCAUUUCCCAACUUCUCUACCGCCAGCAUCUGAAGAACAUGGGCCAAGACCUCAUUCCAGUUUCUCACUGUGUUACGCAUGAAAUGUGGGGUUACUUCUAACCUCACUUCUGGUAUUGGGGCCCCAGCCUGAGGGUCCUCAUGGCCUCCUCCCCCACCAAGGACUGUGUUCCCCUUCCGCCGGCUCACCCAGGAGUCCUGAGUCAUCUAUCCCACCUCUCCUGGUUCCCAUGCCUUCUAUUCUCUCCAACCCCUAUCUCUCCGCACCUCCUAGGGGGAUCAGUCCAUGGCACGCCCACCCUCCGGGCUCAGUAGGCAACUCCCCCCUUGGGAGGUCCCCAGCGGAGGGAGCAGUGUGACCGACUGAAAGGACAGAUCCAAGGGUUUGAAGGGGACCCUAAAAGAGUCCUUCUUAAUUUAGUCCAGGGAAUAUUCCAAACCUGUUUCCCCGCUUGGUGACAUUCUAUCCUCCUGGGGAAGAAAAGGCACUGAUUAUAACUAAUACAAAGGAGAAAGCUGAUAAGACCCAUCAAAGUCAUGCCGGACACGCUCUGUGGUGUGUUAGUUGCUUAAUUGUGUCCGACUCUUUGCAACCCCAUGGGCCAUAUAGCCUGCCAGGCUCCUCUGUCCAUGGGAUUUCCCAGGCAAGGAUACUGGAAUGGGUUGCCAUUUCCUUCUCCAGGGAAAUCUUCCCAACCCAGGGAUUGAACCCAGGUCUCCUGCACUGCAGGCGGAUUCUUUACUGUCUGAGCAACCAGGGAAGCCCAGACCAGCCUGGAAUUCAGGCUGUUUUCAACACGGACCCCAGGUGGGACCAUCGAGAGGAAGACAGCCAGCAGCACCUCACUCUCGGGGAUGUGAUUUGUAGGGUUCCUGGAAUGCCUCAGGGAAUGCUUUUGCGUGUACAUGAACGUGAACCUAGGGUCAGUGGAUGGGCAGGCCAUUCUUAACAACUUACUGACCACAGGUGGAUGAAUGCAUCUUUGGUUACCCGAACAGUAUUGACUGGAGAUGUUUCAAUAUUCACUUACAUAACAAAUCACUGGCCACAGACAUUAGUUCCUCAAAAAUCCCUUGGUUAAUAAUGUGCAAAGUCCCAUUUGACUUUCCAGAAUGUCCCAGACAUUAGAACAUUACAGAAGCUGGAGACAGGG